UUUUACAUCUGAUAAACGAUGGAGAUAGAAUGACAUAAAUAGCGUCUCCCCAAAUAAGAUAAAGAUGGGCCUAAACUGCGUGCGACCUGUUGAUCCUUUAUGUGCUGUGAUACCAAGAAACAUUGAGCUCGAUGCUACACCAGUUAAAGAAUCAGGACUUCCAAUUAUCUUUUUGAUUGGAGGUCCGGGAGCAGGAAAGUCGACACAAUGUAUACGGGUAGCACAACAUUAUGGUUUUUGCGCCAUUAUAAGCAGACAAUUGUUGCGCAGUGAAGUAUCCACCGGUUCACAAAGAGGCGUUAUCUUGGCGUAUUUAAUGUCGGAAGGUAAAUUAAUUCCCUCGGAUGUCAUGAUAGAAUUAAUCAAGGCAAGGAUGUUGAGCAGCUUAAAUGAUACGCGAGGUUUCCUACUGAGCGGGUUUCCUAGAGAGAAGACACAGUGUCAGCAUUUCAAUAGACAAAUCCGACCGCCAGACCUUGUUCUGUACUUAUAUGUCAGAGACUCAUUACUAAUAGAUAGAGUCCUAGCCAAGACCAUCACUGCCACUGAAAGACAAGAACGUAGUAUUGAUGAAAGUUGGCAACGAAUUAAGAAACACAGUCGAAUGAUCAAGCCCGUCCUUAGGUAUUACAAGAAACAACUGGUGAUCAUCGAUGGCGAAAGAGAGGAGCUAGAAGUUUUUGAAGACAUUUGCGGCGCGAUUGAUAACAUCUUGAUGAAUUUUCCAAAUACAUCUAGUAAAAACAAUUAAUU